CGGGCCAGGAGGCAGCCGAGCCCGAGCCCGAGCGCCUGGAGCGAGACCUAAUGGCGGCGCUGGCGCCCGGAGGCCCUGGGGACGGCGCCUCGGCCGCCCUGGACGAGCUGUCCCGGAACUUCACGUACGGGGCGCCGGGCGCCGGCAAUGGCUCCUUGUCGGGCGCGUGGUACCGCAGGAACCAGAUUCACCUUUUUGGAGUUUUUCUGGCCAUUUUAGGAAAUUUGGUAAUCAGCAUUUCCCUAAAUAUUCAGAAAUAUUCUCACCUUCGGUUGGCACAGCAAGAACACCCAAAGCCAUUCUUCCAGAGCGCGCUGUGGCUGAGCGGGGUCGCACUGACGGCUGUGGGAGAGACAGGGAACUUCAUGGCCUACGGAUUCGCCCCUGUUACUCUGAUCGCUCCGUUAGGCUGUAUGUCCGUGGCAGGUAGUGCCUUUAUUUCUGUUGUGUUUCUGAAAGAAAAUUUGAGAGCCUCUGAUUUACUAGGUAUGACACUGGCAUUUGCAGGAUCGUAUUUAUUGGUGAACUUCGCUCCAAAUAUAACUCAGGCGAUCUCUGCAAGAAUGAUACAGCGUUACUUUGUUGGGUGGCAGUUCCUGAUCUACGUGAUUUUAGAAAUAUUAAUUUUCUGCAUUCUCCUAUAUUACCAUAAAAGAAAAGGAAUGAAGCACAUUGUAAUUCUGCUAACCCUGGUGGCACUUCUAGCCUCAUUGACUGUUAUCUCAGUAAAAGCUGUCUCAGGCAUGAUCACUUUUUCUGUGACGGAUAGAAUGCAACUCACUUAUCCCAUCUUCUAUAUAAUGUUUAUCAUCAUGAUAGCAUCUUGUGUUUUCCAAGUCAAGUUCUUAAAUCAAGCCACGAAACUCUACAAUACAGCGACUGUGGUGCCCGUGAACCAUGUUUUCUUUACAACCAGUGCCAUUAUUGCAGGUAUCAUAUUUUACAAAGAAUUCCUUGGUGCAGCUUUUCUCACUGUAUUUAUAUAUUUUUUGGGGUGUUUGCUGUCAUUCCUUGGUGUGUUUUUGGUCACAAGAAAUCGAGAAAAGGAACAUCUGCCACAGUCUUAUAUUGAUUUUGGAAAUAUUCCUGGGAAACAAAUGUUGGAUAAAAUACAACCAGAUUCGAACGGCUUAUCCUAUGGAACUCUGCCUGAUGGAAGUGACUCAACAAAGAGCCAAAGUGGAGAGAAGAAAGAGGUCUAAAACGCCGAGAGGGAUGGCUGUGGGCCUGUUAUUCGAUACCACCUUUUUAAAAAAUUGCACAUGUUCAAUUUGUGUCAGCAGCCAUUUAUCGCUGACAUGAGCUAGCGUCAGUUCCAGUCCUUUACCCCACCUCCACUUCUGCGGACACGCAGGCCUUCCCAAGCUUUGACAGUCUAAUGUUCUCAUGGAAUGUAACCCAAAUGUUCCCCACACCACGGGCCUUUCGCUAGUGAUCAUCUAACCGGCUAUAUCUUAAUCAGAGCCUGGCUACCCAAGCAGGAAUGUCACACAAAAAUGUGCACCCACGACUUGGCUAUAGAACAACAUAGGCUGCUUUUCCCAACUGGCUGUAAUGGCAGUGCUUUGCUUUAAAGAGACACUUUACCCCACAACCUUACUCCUAAACAAAGGUUUGCGAGCAUUCCUUUUUAAAAAUCUUAACUGCUUCAUAAAAGAUCUCACCUUCCUGUUCCUAAAUAAGAGCAGUGAGUCAUCUUUUCUGAAAACUAGCCCUACCUAUAGGCGUCCUUGAAAACUUAAGGGUAUCUUUAAAAUUAGAAUUUGUAAGUGGCGUUCUGUAAUGGAGCUUAUCAAAACUAAAAGACCUUGGCUGGUGGACUUUUUAAGCAAGGAAAAAUUUAAGAACUAGGACCAGUUUUUUAAAUAAAAAUAUGGAAUGAUGGCGUUUUCUUCAGCUGUGAGAUCCUAUUAUAACUUAAUUGAAACUGGAGAAAAAAAGAACACUUAAUAUUCUGUACCUUCAUUUGUUUAGCUGUUAUAAUUUGUCAGGUGGAUUUAUAUGUUGUAACUUUUAACACAGCUCAAAAAUCAUAUUUAAAUUCUUGGUGAUAUUUUCACUAAUACACUGCUUCUCUCCUAAGUCAUUAUUUCAAGCCUUAUAAAUUUGUCCAGGCAAAAGGAAUGAUCAGAGAACCGGGUACCAGCCAUUUAUCUUAGAUGAAGCACACAGCCAGGUGGCCCACCAGAGUCUAGAGAGGAAGCCCUGUGCUCCUUUCCCCUGAGUGGCUUUUCUGUUGCAAUGAGUCGCAAAUCUACUCAGAUAACAUUUGCAGGAAAAGUCCAUAAUCAUCCGUUAAGUUUGAUCUACCUUAGAUAAGAAGAAAAGAGUUAACCUUCAUUGUAACCAACAUCAAAUAAUAAGCACUAGGCUUAAGGACCUUUUGAGACCUUCAGAUCACUUCUGACAGGUCAGUGCAAUGAGGUUCCAACCAAGUGUAGGAAUUUGUAUAGGCUCUUUAACUCAGACCUGUAGAGAUUAUAAUCUUAAUUGUCGCAGGUCUUUCAGCUUUGUCCUUUGUCGUACCCUGCACUCCUGAGCAGACCAACCAAACCUGGCCGUAAAGGCAGGAUUCGAAUCCAUCUCCAACGUGUGAAUAAUAACCUAGAGCCCAUGUCUGGCUUUUGAACUCCUGGUAAGAAUUCUUACCAUUGUGGAAUGUGUUCCAUUAAUUCAAAUGAAACAGUCAUAAUUUAUGGCAUGUUUUUCUGAAUUGGUCCAACGUGUUGGCACUGGAAGGCUCAGCUAAGAAAUGUGUCUGGUGUCUUAAACUACAGAUUUCUGGUGACUCUUAAGACUGGUUCAAAGAUUGGGAAAAAACUAGACCAAAGAGUUUUAGUUAAAGCAGGACUAUAUUCAUAACUAUGGCACAUGGUUUUGAGCAUUGUAGAAUUUUGCACAGACACAAGCACAAUGCUGAUACUUUAGUGACUACCAACAUUUGCAACUUUUUAAGAGUUUUGAAAAAUAGCAUUGGCUUAUGCACAUCUAAACCAUCUAGCAAUGGUUUAGAAGUGCAGGUAACGUAUGAACUAUAUUCAGACCUAAUUUUACUUUCCAUAUUGCUGCUCCAAAAUAAGGUGAACAGGAAUUUUAGUUGUGUUGGAUUGUAAAGAUUUUUUAAAAUUACACAGUGCAUGACAACAAGCAAAGCCAACCCAGUCCUUCUCUUGGCAUCGUGAAUCGGGGACCUUUAGCCAACAGUUGACUCAUCUGACUAUUUGUCUAGACCAAGGGUCUGCAAAACUUUUCUUUUAAAGACCUAGAGAGAAAAUGUUUUGGGCUUCUUGGCCGUACAGUGCCGCAACUACCCCACUCUGCUGUUGCAGCGUGAAAGCAGCCACAGAUAAUGUGUAAACGAGUGAGCAUAAGUGUGUGCUGGUAAAACCUUAUUUACAAAAACAGGUGGCCAGUCCUCAGGCUGUGGUUAGCCAACCCCCAGUCUAGACUCCUCUGCCUUUGCUAUGUAGCUUCUUUCUUGGGCACUUUAGAAACUUUGGGCACUUGAGAGCUUAAAUAACAACAGUUCGUGUUCAUCACAAACCAAAUACUGUGGGAGUGUGGAACCGUGAUUGAUACCUGAGGAUCUUUUUGCAUAUAUAAGAUACAAACUAUAGCCAUGACUUCAUUAUUGGAGCCAAAGUUUCUCUCUUAAUGGCAGAGGGGUUCUUUUGUGAGUACUACUACCUAUAUUGGACAAGUCCAUCCAAUCCCACACUCCAACUCAACAGUAGCUUCAGAAAUGACUAGUAGUUACCUCUUAUGUAACAGAUUAAGCAGAAGUCUUAAACAUCUGAUUGUUUGCAGUUUAAAUGUUUUCUUACCCUAUAAUACUUUUGCUAUCUUGAAUCACCUGAAAAAAAAAUGCAAUAAAAAUCUUCU